CCUUGAAUCGCCACACCUCCACGCCCGGGUGCGUUCUCGGGCUCUCCGCCCAUGGAGCCGGGCUGCUUCGGCUUCCGCUCGCGCCGCGCCCCGGUCUAUGGAGCUCGGGGCAUGGUCGCCACGAGCCAACCCUUGGCCAGCGAGGCCGGCUUGCGGCUGCUGCAGCAGGGAGGCAGCGCAGCGGAUGCCUGCGUGGCUGCGGCCGCGGCGCUGAAUGCCACCGAGCCAUGCAACACGGGGCUCGGAGGCGACGCAUUUGCCCUGUUCUUUGAAGCCAAGACAAAGAAGGUCCACUGCUUGCAGGGCUGCGGCCGGUCGCCAGCAGCCUUGACACUGGAAGGAGCCCUCGCACAUCCGGAUGUCUCAGGCACCAGCUUGCACCCCAUGAGCGCCUUGUGCGUCACCGUGCCGGGCACCGCCAGUGCCUGGGAAGCGGCCGUGGCGCAGUGGGGAACGAAGAGCUUGAGGGAGGUACUUCAGCCAGCCAUCGAGCUGGCCGAGGGCGGCUUCCCUGUCUCGCAGGGUGCAGCGCAGAUCUGGCAGCAGAGUGAGGAGCUGCUGGCACAGGCGGCCCGUGGGCGCCCUACACCGUACCUGCCGGGCGGGCGAGCGCCCAAGGCGGGCGAGAUCUUCAGAAAUCCAGACCUGGCGCAGACGAUGCGCUUGCUGGGUGAGAAGGGCGCCAAGGAGGGCUUCUACACAGGCGCCGUGGCUGAGGAGAUUGUGAAAGCUUUGGCCGCCAGAGGUGGUGUGAUGAGUGCCAAGGACCUCGCAGAGCACAGCUGCAGCUUUGUCGAGCCCAUCAGCAGCUGCUAUCGUGGCCGCUUCCGGCUCUACGAGUGCCCGCCACCCACACAGGGCGUGACGGCUCUUAUGGCCUUGAACUUGCUGGAGCAGCUCCCUGCUCCGCCACGCCUGAGCUCGGAAGCGAUCCACGCGCAAGCGGAGGCCCUGCGCUUUGCCUUCGCUGACGCCUUGCAGUUCUGCGCCGACCCAGCGGGACGCUCCGUGAGCGGAGAGUUGUUGGACAAGGAGCGGGCCGCCAAGCGUUGGAAGCAGAUGUUCGACCCCAAUGCGCGUGCUGCUGCGGUGGCCCCCGAUGGCGAGGGCGUCCGGAUGGGCCCAGAUACUGUGUAUUUGGCGGCAGUGGACCAGUGGGGGAACGCUUGCUCCUUCAUCAAUUCCAACUACAUGGGUUUUGGCACAGGCAUCGUGCCUGAUGGCUGUGGCUUCUCCCUGCAGAAUCGUGGGCACAACUUCAUCCUGCAGAAAUCGCACCCCAACUGCCUUGGGCCAAGCAAGUUUUGCUACCAUACGAUCAUCCCAGGCAUGGUGACCCGUGAGGAGACGAAGGACUUGUUCUGCACUUUGGGCGUCAUGGGCGGCUUCAUGCAACCUCAGGGGCACCUUCAGGUCUUGUGCGCCAUGGCGGACUACGGCUUGGAUCCACAGGCGGCCUUGGACCAGCCACGCUUCUGUCUGCAAGGUGUGGACAGUGCGCUGGGUGCUGCAAGUGCCGGCGCGGCCCAGCUGCUGCUGGAGGAAGGGAUGCCCGAAGAGACGCAGGCGCAGCUGCGGUCGAUGGGGCACGACGUUCACUUGGUCACCGGGUGGCAGCGCUUGGUCUUCGGCCGAGGGCAAGUGAUUUGCCGUGACCCUGAGAGCGGGGUCUUGUGUGGCGGUACCGAACCGCGGGCGGAUGGCGCAGUGGCGGCAUGGUAAGGCGCCCCCGCAGCGCCUUGGCGCCGCUGCGCAGAGACCCAUUGGCCGUGCAGAGACCCAUUUGGGCGAAGAAGAAAAGGAGGACUCUUUGACUCGGAGCCAGGUCCGUCUCAGAAACUCGUGGCACAUGGUGGGUUUUCACCGCAC